AUGGACUUCGUCUUCGGGUUUCCCAAAGACGUUCACAAGAAUACUGGCAUUCUUGUGUUUGUUGACCGGUUCAGCAAGAUGGUACAUCUUGUUGCUGUACCGGAGUCAAUCACAGCCCAGGGCUGUGCUCGUGUCUUCAUCAGUACUAUCCUCCAACUUCACGGGUUACCCCGUGAACUCGUGUCCGAUAGAGACCCCCGCUUCACAGCGGAGUUCUGGCAAUCCGUGUUCCGUUCACUGGGAACACGUUUGACGAUGUCAAUUUCUGACCAUCCAGAACCAGGUGGUCAGACGGAACGCGUCAAACGCGUCCUCGAAGAGAUACUUCGAGGAUAUGUCCACUCUUUUACGAGCUGGAGUGAGUUCUUGCAGAUGGUGGAAUUCGCCAUAAACAACUCGGUGCACGCGUCGACAACGCAUACACCGUUCUUCGUGAAUGGCCUACGCCAUCCACGUUUACCCGCCUUCUUAGAGUGUGACUCUAAUGCCGACAUCGAUGCGAUCGAUAUCGAUGAUGAUGAUGAUGACGACGAUGCUGACAUAUUCAUCAUCGCCAAUGACCGCGAAAGUGAGGGCGAUGAUACCCUCUCUGGUGAAGACAACGUUCUUUCAGCAGUGCGCACGAAGCGCACUGCUGUUGACAAGGAUGAAUCAGCAGAGGAAUUUCUGCUGACUCGCGAAGCGGUUGUCCGCUUCGUUCAAGACUAUAUUGCAGAUGCACUAGACAGACAGAAGAGAAACGCAGACAAACAUGGAAGAGCAAAUGUUUUUUUUAUUUGA